UUCACUCCUCUUCCACUUUCUUUCUCUCUCUAUCUCUCUCUCUUUUAACACAUUUCUUUCAUAUAUUGUAACUUUUUUUUCUUUCUUUCUCUGAGUGCUCUGCCUCAAGAAACCUCUGUUUCUUUGUUUUCAGCACCGAUUUUUUGUGAUUAAAAAACGAAAAGAAGCUUCAUUCACAUCUUAAAUGCUAAACCUAUUGUUCUUGAUGUUUGAGAUUCAUGUAUCAAAUUCUGAGUGAAAUUUUCUUUUCUGGUUGUAUGAUCAAUUCUACUGUUAGGCGCAGGACCCAUUUAGUUCAAUCUUUCUCUGUUGUCUUCCUUUACUGGCUCUACUACGUUUCAUGAUUUCAUCUUUUUUUCUUAAAUUUAUAAUCUUUAUUCUCCAUUAUUACUAUCAUUUUCAAUUUUCUGCAAAAACAUUUUCUUUUUAGUUUCUGGGUCCUGUGUCCUCUGUUCUGUUUCCUCUGUUUUGUGUCCUCUGUUUUUUUCCUCUGUUUUGUGUUCUGUUUUCAUCUUUUUUUUUUGUUAACUUUUUCAACUCUUAGCUACAAUCUCUCUCACAUGGCUUCAUCAAGUGGAACAUCUUCAGGGUCAUCAACACUACCAAACUCAGGUUCAGAGGAAGAUUUACAAUUGAUGAUGGAUCAAAGAAAAAGAAAGAGAAUGAUAUCGAACCGGGAAUCGGCAAGAAGAUCAAGAAUGAGAAAACAGAAACACUUGGAUGAUCUUGCUGUUCAGGUUGGUCAAUUAAGGAACGAGAAUCAUCAGAUUGUAACUUCUGUUAACCUCACAACUCAACGUUACUUGGCUGUUGAAUCUGAAAACUCUGUGCUUAGAGCUCAACUCAAUGAACUCAACAAUAGACUUGACUCUUUGAAUGAAAUCAUCAAUUUCUUGAAUGUAUCCAAUGGAGUUUUUGAACCUCUUGAUGAUAAUAACAACAAUAACAACAACAAUUACUUCAACCCUUUGAAUAUGGCUUAUUUGAAUCAACCAAUUAUGGCUUCUGCAGAUAUGAUGCAUUAUUGAGAUGAGAUCUAUUGGGUUUGGUUGAAUAUGUUUUUGGAGAAAUUGAGAGUGAAGAGAGAGAGAGAGAGUGAUAAGGAAUAAUGAUGAAUGUGUGUAGUAUAUUAGUAGUAUCAUAAAGAGGGUGAAGCUUGUUAGGUGCUGCUUCUAUAAAUGAUCUUUGUUGUGUUCACACUACAUAUCAUUGUAUUAAGGUUGUAUUUGUAUGAUUGAGUCACUAUUGUUCUUGUUGUUGAUUAUAAUAAUAUAUAAUAUAUUAUUGA